UAACAUAAAACUGACUGCGUGAAGGUCCUUAGCAGUAAUGAAUUCAGCACUGUCGAAAUCCUACUGCAGUCGCAAAUACCGUGUAGUUUACCGGAAGAAACAGGAAAAAGGGUUUAGAGAGCAGUCCGCAACUUCCCCGCACCUCUGAGACGAGGAUUUUUGUUUGCAGAUUCCAUGCUUUCAAUUUGCUGCCCUUCAGCUUCAUAUUGUCAAUCAGAGCAAUAGGUUCCCUUCGGUAGACUUAAGAAGCCUGCGGCGAUGGAUUUCAUCAGUCCGGAAGGCUUGCGCCUUGAUGGACGUCGUCCUUUUGAGUUGAGGCAGCUGCAUGCGGAAAUUGGAGUUCUGGACAAUGCAGACGGGUCUGCUACAUUCGAGAUGGGUAAUACUAAAGUUAUAGCUGUGGUUUAUGGGCCCCGCGAGGUACAAAAUCGAAGUCAGCAGCAGCUUGACCAUGCACUGGUUCGUUGUGAAUAUAGCAUGGCUACUUUCAGCACAGGUGAUCGUAGGCGGAGAGGGAAGGGAGAUAGACGAGGAACAGAACUUUCUUUAGUCAUCCGACAGACAAUGGAGGCCGCUAUUCUGACCAACCUUUUACCUCGUUCUCAGAUUGAUAUUUUCGUUCAGGUUCUACAAGCUGAUGGAGGAACUCGAGCAUGCUGCAUCAAUGCCGCAGCGUUGGCUCUUGCAGACGCAGGAAUACCAAUGCGGGAUCUAGUCGCUUCUUGCUCAGCUGGCUAUCUCAAUUCCACCCCACUUUUAGAUUUAAACUACCUGGAGGACAGUGGAGGAGGUCCAGAUCUCACGGUUGCGCUAUUUUCAAAACUGGAUAAAGUGACCCUGCUUCAGAUGGAUGCAAAAGUCCCAUUGGAUGUGUUCGAGAAAGUCAUGAAUCUAGCUUCUGAGGGUGCAAAGGCUGUUACUCAGUUUCUUCGCGAGAUAUUGAUGGAGAACACCAAAAAACUCGCAUUUGCUAAAGAACCGCUAAAGGUCUAGUCUGUUGUAUCUUGGGAGGCGUGGGCGACCCCUUCCAAGUUAGUGGAGAAGUUUAGUUUUCGCUGCGAAUUUAGGUCGGAUCUUAAGAGGGGCCUGAGUUGAGGGAAACCCCUGCAGCGCAGUUUUGCCGAUUCGUGUCCUCUUAAUGUGAGAAUAUCGAAGGGAAAGAAUCAAAGACAACACCCUUUUGCGGCUCAUCGAAUUACAUGUUUCUGUAUUAGAGAUGAAUAAGGCAAAUUGCUCCGGACCAUAAGCGGGAUUUAGGAUCUCUUCUAUGAUAUUCCUUCUGCCGGCCCGAAGAUGUAAAAUUGAUUGUCAAAUAUUUCCUACAAAAUGUUUCAAAUUACAUGACAAACAUUUUACUAUGUUGCAUAACAAAUCAAGCUACUGAUGUAGGUGAGAAGUUCGUC